AAAGCGUAAAAUCUAACAGUACAUUCAGAACAAUACAGCUGAGUACUUCUGUAAAAUAAAUGUACAGCAAUGUUUCAACAAAGAAUGAACCGUGGAAGCAAAAUACCCAACGGAUGUGUGUGGUACAGGGACAGAAUGACACUGAAUAAGCAGACACAGGAACACAAUCAGCUAAUCUCCAACAUGGCCGCGUGGGGUGGGGGGGGUCAUACCUGUGAUGUCCUGUAUGAAAGAACGAGUGGUAAAUAGAAACACAUGCAGUGAAUAGUAGAAACAGGUGGCGGAGUGAGGAGAAGCUACCAGAGAGCAGAAGAGAAGCUGAAGUAGAACCAGGCUGCUAAGGACAUGGAGGAGGGGAGAGACUGACAGCGUCAUGCAGUCGGUUAGUUCUGCAUUCAGGGUUGCAACAGAGGGUGACGGAAGGAAGCACAGAUGACACACACUCAGCGUACACUCAGCGUCUCUCUGCAACACACUGAUACCACAGAGGAAAGAGAAGAGGAGCUGAAGCAGACACGCUGAGAGACAAAAGGAGAAAGAAGAAUCGAACGGAGGGGAAAGGAGAGAAAAUGGGGAGGAAGGAGGAUGAGAUAGAAGACAGGCUGGAGUUUGAACCUCUUUAAAUUUCACAAAAAGAAAAGAGGGAGGUGGAGAGGAGAGAAGAAGAAGAGAGGAAGACGAGAACGGAGACGAGGGCAGUUUGACUUUAAGCAGAAGAGGAAGCAGAAAGUCAGAGAAGGAGAGGAAGCACACGGAGGCCAGCGAGCUGAGGAGGAGGGCAUCAAAAAAAGUGGCGCAAGAAGCGAAGAGGAGACAGAAGCGGUGAGAAGGAGGAGGAGGAGGAGCAUCGCCAUGGAGGAGGACAUCAGGAAACAGGGGAUGCUCUACCUCCAGCAGCAGAGGUUUGGAAAGAAGUGGCGGCGGGUGUGGAGCAUCCUGUACCAUGAGAGCUCCUGCUCCGUCUCCAGACUCGAGUUCUUUGAAUGUAAAGAUGCAGCGACUGCGGAGAAAAGUGACAAAAACCUGCGCAGGCAGCAGGAACACAAGAAGGUGAUCCGUCUGGCGGACUGUAUCCGAGUGUCAGAGGUGGAGAUGGACGGAUGUCCCAAAGACACGGGACCAUUCCUGGUGGAGACGACAGAGAAGAUCUAUGUGUUUGCUGCAGACAGAAACCAGCUGGAUGACUGGACACACAAACUGUGUGAGGUCGCCUUCCCUAUGAGCUGGACGGAGCCCGGCGUGAAGCGAGGCAGUCUGCACAGAGGGAACAGAGUGGAUGAAGAUGAAAGGACUGAGGACAACUCACUGUACAGCAGCAGAGAGACAGUGGCAGUGCGUGACUUCAGGGUGUGUGUUCGGCGGACGGAGGCGUCUGAGCGUUGCAGACUGAAAGGAGAUGGUAUCCUGCGAGCAGACGUGGAUGCUCUUCACCUGCUGGACAAGGCAGGAGACGUCAUAUACACCUGGCCAUACAGAUACCUGCGCCGCUUCGGACGAGACAAGUCCACCUUCUCCUUCGAGGCGGGCCGCAGGUGUGACUCUGGCGAGGGGAGCUUUGAGUUUGACACCAAACAGGGGAACGUCGUGUUUCAGGCUGUGGAAGCAGCCAUCAACCUGCAGAGAAUCUCCCUCCCUCACAGACAGUCCUCCGGGGGUGGGCAGGGGAGUCCAGAGACCCACCGGAACCUCAACCUGGCCCUCAACACAGCCCCAGGCCAGAGCCCCCCCCCCCCCAGCCCCCCAGCCAUACCCCACAACCGCCGGCCGCUCAGCUUCCUGGUUCGACAGCAGUUUGAAGCUGAUGUUGUAACUUGUUUUUCUGCCAGGUUAAAACGGUUUCUGUCUGUUUUCUAUCCUCAGGCAUUGGAUGGUGUGUACAGCAUGGUGAAUGAACCUGCAAAACAUCAGAUGGUCCCUCACAAAGACAAAGAGGGUCCUACUCCUUCACAACAACAACAACAACAACAACGCCUCCAGCUGUCUCAUCUGGAGCCACCGUUCGACAAAGUCCUGACCGGAGUCAAGAGUUUGAAUCUGGACACUCGAGGAGGUCUUCCUCCCCGUAAGAACCAGGUCAAGAUGAUCUCCAGCUGCCCUCUGCCCCAGGCCGAGCCCGCCCCCAUCCCGGGCCCGAGCCCUGGCUCCAUCCCCACUCCCAACCCCCGGCUCAGCCCUAAGUUAAGCUCCAACCCGAACCUGGGGGACAUGUACUCCCAGAUCAACCUGCCGGCCGCUGCCGAGCGAGGCACCAAAAAGGAGAAGAAAGGGGAGAGGGGAGGCAGCCUGGCUGCCCCCUGCCCUCCCCAGCUAAUCACCCCGGAGCCAGAGUACUCUCUCCCCUUUGACACCAUUGCCAAGAACGUGAUGUCGAAUAUGCUGAACUCCCAUCAGGGCCAUGUGCCUGAGUCCGGUGCAGACCCACUCUACGACAGCAUCGAUGAGAUGAAGAUCAGAAACAUUCUCCCGAUCAGUGCUCCCGGACCCACGUAUGGGAAGGUGGAACACAUCUACGACGAGCCUGAAGGCUGUGCCGCCACCGCACAGAAGCCAGUGGCUCCCACCUUAUUGUACGAUGACCCCGAGGAGAUGAGGGGAGAUGCCUGGAAGAUCAUGGGUACAACUGCUGACCCUAAAGGUCAUGAGUACCCAUAUAACCCCCAGGUGGAUGACUACGCCGUGCCCAAACGACCCCAGAGGGCGUUUCCCGUUACACAAAGCAGCAAUGAAGAAGAAGAGGAAGAGGAGGAGAACGAGGAGGAGGAGCAGAGGGAGGAGCAGCAAGAUUCACCAUACAACAAUGUGAUGGUGAAGAUGGAGUAGAGACAACACACAUAGAACCACUGCCAGUGUGUGGUAAACUAGAGAAUCAAUGAAGUCUAUUGAUUCUGCUGUAUUUUGUUAGAUUCAUCUGAAUAUGAAGUUAUCACACAUGUAGUGCAGUUGAAGCCCAAGAAAUGGAAGCACUCUAGUAAAGUAUAAGUGCCUCAGAACUGUAUUUAAGCAUAGUACUUGAGUAAAUGUACUUAGUUACUUCCCCUGUUUCCUGGUGCCUGCUGUGCAGAAAAGCAGCAGAUGUCAGAUGUCUUUGUCGCGUAGCAUCACAAAGACAUGUCUGUUGGACUUCACCACGGAGCAUCCUGCUCCUGGGCACAGGUUGGAUGCUUACAUUCUCUGUCAUUACCUGUUGAUGCAGCAGAAAGGUGAGACUGAUUGGAAAGGUAUCCCUGCUGAUGCGUUCAAGGAUGCUCCGACAUCUGAGGUUUGAAAGCAGCAGCCGAUUGGCUUCACCUUUUUUAAAAUGUGAUAAAAUGCCAUUUUUAUCCUCACAGCACUCAUGUUUUUUUAUACAUCAUCUGGUUCUUCAGCAGCUUCCACAGCUGGUUGUCCUGGGGUUCACACAAAAACAUCCUGGCUAAAACAAUCAGCGGCUAAAACAAGAAAAUGCAAAACAAGCAGACGCUUACAAAGAAGACAAGGACUUUACUUCCGGUUUUAUCUUCAGUUUGCCAGCUGGAAGCUAAAUGUUCCCAGAUGUUAGAGCAUCUGUAAACACACCAUGGACUGUGUUGAACACUCUCUCUACAUCGGUAUUUAUUUGUGAGUUUAUAAAUUAAAUCAGAAGAAUAAAGAUUUGGAUGAAGGUUUGAUUUGUGAAGGAUUAUUUCUUGAUGUUUGAAUCUGACCUGAGAUCUGCAGCAGUGAGUUUCCUCCUGCAGAGGGCAGCACAGCUCAUGACAUUUAUUAAUGCACAUGUGAAACGUCAUUAGUUUUAGCACCCGUGUGCCGUAAACAUGACGGGAGCUGUGAAUAUCAUCAUCACCGUCAGACUGAAGCUGCAUCAGUCUAAACCAUUGUUGUCUGAAGGGAUUUCUGUAGCAUCCCUCUGUGAUUUAAGGCUCAGAUGUUAACACUGAGUGUGUCUGAGGCCUAAACCGGUGUGUGUGUGUGUGUGUGUGUGUGUGUGUGUGUGUGUGUGUGUGAAACUUUUAACAUGCUCAUUAUGUUCAUCCUGUGAGACUGUGACAUAUGAAAUAA